CCAGCGCUCGCCUGUUCUUGUCGCCAGUUGCCAAUCGCCAGCCGCCAGCGUCGCCAACAAUCACUCGCAAAGAAACGUCGCGUUGCGGAACGCUGCACGCUACUCGUUUGCCUGUUUGGCCGAUCCUGGCCAGAAAGAGACAGCAAGAGACAUAGCAAGAGAGACUGUGUGUGUGUGUGCGUGUGUGUGUGUGCUCGGCAACAUGACAGAGCGCAUUAAUACCACGGCGGCAAUGAUCGCCCAUAUGGCGCCCAGUCGGAACACAACGCCCGAGCAGCUGGCCCGCCUUAUCGAUGUCCAUUUGGGUGAGCUGCGCGAGGAGCUGCCCAACUGGAUGCUGGCCCCAUCGCCGGUGGCCGGACGCGGCGUUUUUGCCACCCGUCACAUUGCCGCCGGCGAGCAAAUCUUUCGCGAACGCGCCCUCGUCGUUGGCCCAACGGCGCGCAAGGGCUCCCAGCUGAACACGUGCGUCUGCUGCCAUCGCCUGCUGGCCGCCAAGCGAUUCCUUUGUCCGCAUCACUGUACGCUGCCCGUGUGCGCUGAUUGCGCCGAUUCGGAGGCGCAUCGCAACGAGUGCGCCCACUUUCAGCGCUGGUUGCCCAAGGAUCUGGUCGAGGAGAUCGCCCCAGCUACUGCUGCUGCUGCUGCUGCGGGCACAACGCCAGCCGCUGAGCAAACGGAUGCAGUGAAUCCGCUGUCGCUGCGCAUUUUGACAGCGGUGCGCGUCUUUUACCUGAGCAAGGAGCAGCGCGCUCUGGUGGAUGCCAUGCAGGCGAACGCGGAGCGUGGCUAUCGCCAGGAGAUCAUCAAGGCGGCGCAGUGUUUCCGCAAGUUUCCCACCACAGACAAGCCGUUCAUGGAUCAGCUGUUCCGCGUCGUCGGCGUCCUCAACACGAACGCCUUUGAGGCGCCCUGCCGCGUCGAUGGCCAUGAGACCCUGCUGCGCGGUCUCUUCCCAUUGACGGCAAUCAUGAAUCACGAGUGCACACCCAAUGCCAGCCACUACUUUGAGAACGGGCGGCUCGCGGUGGUGCGUGCCGCACGGGACAUACCCAAGGGCGGCGAAAUAACCACCACAUACACCAAGAUCCUCUGGAGCAAUCUCACACGCGGCAUUUUCCUCAAGAUGACCAAGUAUUUUGUGUGCAACUGCGAUAGAUGCAACGACAACUCUGAGAACGGAACGUAUCUGUCGGCGCUGUUCUGCCGGGAGCAGGGCUGCAAGGGUCUGGUGAUACCCGUGCAGACGAAGACCCUGCAGCCGGACUGGCGUUGCCUCAGCUGCGAGAAUGUCUUUCCCCACGCCAAGAUGGCGCGCUAUCAGGACUUUGCCCUGAACACGAUCAACAAUCGGAUCAACACGUGCAGCGUCCGGGACAUGAUACACUUCAUCAAUGAGCUGUGCCCGCGCUUCUGUCCGCCCUCCAACUAUGUGCUCAUCGAGGCCAAGCUGAACGUUAUCUGGCGCAUGACGCGUCUGGGCGCCGAGCAAUAUAACCCGGACGAGAUCGCCAUCAAGGAUCGCUAUCGCGAGGAAAUUCUGGCCAUAUUGCAUAAGCUCGGCGCCGGCGAAUGUACGCUGAAGAAGCUCAUCAACGAGGAGAUCCAGUGAGACGGACGCAACAGUGCCAGCUGACAGUUCUUGGACCCCGCUUUGUCUGUGUGUAUUUAUGUGUGUGUGCGUGUGUGUGUGUGUUUGAGCUGGGGCAGCUGUCGGCCAUGGAACUGUUGUAGCUCGUAGAAAGUGUAUUUUUUUUUCUUCUAUUUUGUAAACACUUUAGGAAUACAAUAAAAGUCCAGUUCUUUAAAAAAAACAA